GGUCGCCGAAACUUAGCACUGCGUGUCCAAUAAUAGUAAUACUGGUACGGAUUGUUUUUGUUUUCAUUUAAACAAAAUGAUUUGUAUUCUUCUUUCAUUAAUGAUAUCGGAACGCCGAUAUUUAAUGCAAAUCACGAGUGUUAAACCUCCGGCUAGCUAAGUCUUCCUAAGGUUAGGCAGAUAACUUAGCUAGCAACACUGUUUGUUUGCAUGUUAUGCAGCUUUAGUCAAGAAAUUAAAUGUCAGCCUGUUUACACAGAAAAGAAGAAGCAACCCAUCUACAUGUCGCUCAGGAAAGAAGUAUUUCAGGCGAAAGUCCUGCAGAGACUCUACCCCACUACUGUAAAGGUAGAAAAAGCUCUUGGCACUCCUGUCCAUUCUCCCCAAGGAGCGAAACUUUUUACAGAUGUUCAGCUGAAGCCAAGUAAAGUGACUGGCCAUGCAGAAGUGCCUGCAGUAUCCAGCAAGAAGGUGUACACAGUUCUCCCUCCUCCUGAAGACUAUGUUUCUGCCAGUGGAGAUAGAUGGGGGUCAUCCACCAUUGCACAACCUGUUAAUAAUGCAGAUGAGAUGCCUGCUGACCUUUUAGGAUCCGAAGACAGCAACACCACUGAGGAUGACCAUGCAAGCAAAAGGAGGAAGCGAAGAAGGAAGAGAAAGGCAGCUACGUUCUCUAAAGGGAAUCCACCUACUGCCGAUGCUGCUGACAAUGAUGAUGAAGAUGAUUACAAAGGCCAAGAUGCUGAGGAGAGGAAUAAAGGGAACGCAGAGGCCUCAGAGUGCCUCAGCAAAAAUAAGAGGAGGAAGAUGAAGAAGAAGAGGCACAAAGAGAAGCUGCUUGCACUUGGCAUCAUGCCUAGAUCAAUGGCCCUCGAGUUCACUUACAAACAAGGAGAGAAAGAAGAAGAGGAGGAGGAGGGAGAUGAAAACAAGGUAGAAGAGGUUCUGGACUUCCUUCGAUCGACACGAGAUCUCUACGUGUCAGAUCGCUCCUGCAGUACAAGUGAUCCCUCUAUCUUUCUCAGUGCGACAGACUCACUGUUUUCUUAUCUGUCAGACGGUACCUCACCCCGUCCUGUUUUGUCCAUCCUGCGUCGGCUCAGAGCGCUCCUGCGCCAGAGGGAGGUGGAGAAGUUGCACACCGUGCUGCAGGAGUUCAAAUACACUUCCACAUUGCCUAAGGAGGAGACUGAAGUUAUCUGCACUCUCUUUCACUACUGGAUAUCUGAAGUUCUGCCCAUGCAAACUGAAAAGAAGACGUGACCAUGACAUACUCACAUACUUGCAUGCUCUGCAGUUCAUUUGCUACUCCUAAACCAGCUGUUAUUUUUAAUAUUAAGUGGAAUGGAAGGAGGAAGCCAUUUUAUGUGAGGCAGAUUUAUGCAUGAAUGUGGUAAUGCAAUUACUGCCAUUACAAUUUAGAUAUUUUGUGGUUUUAAAAUGCAUUUAGGGGUGUUUUGUACAUGCUAGUGUAGUGGUUCUGAAUGUCAGACUAGUAAAGUAUUUACAUUUUUUUUUUCAAUUUAUUGAAAACUUCGAAAAUAGAGGAUAACUUGAGGUUCUGGGUUAAAAGCCUAAGAGUGGCAGCUUGGUGUUGCUAGGAUAGUAGGUAUUUGCUACUACUUCCUGAAGCUUGACCAGAGGGAUGGUGUUUUUUGUUUGUUUGUAUUUUUAUUUAAAGUACAAGCUAAUAUAUUUAUUAUUUAACAUAUUCGACUUAUCACAUUCAAAACCUUAAUAACUCAAAAGCAAUCAGGCCGAGAUAUACUUUCAAUGUAUUCUAGCUGCUAUUUUCAGGAGUUUAAGAAAAAGUACUACAACUGCAGUAAAUAUUAAAAAUAAUAAAAGGUUAUGUUAGGAGAUGAUUUCCUAAAAGAUAAAUAUGAAACAGGUUGUUUCCUGCUAGCUAAGUUUACCACAGGAGGUUAUUCUCUUUUCUAGAAGUUUAUUUCUUGCUAGUUAAACCUGCCGCAGAAUUUUACUUCCUGCUACAAUGUAAUUUUUUUUGCUAGCUAAAGUUGCCACAGGAAGUUACUUCUUGCUACUGUAGGUAAAGUUGCACAGGGUGUUGGAGCAUGCUAGCUAAACUUGCCCCAGGAUUAUCAACUAAAGGCAAAACAAGUUUCUGUUACAGGUAUUGCUCAUAACAAAUGAGGAAAUGUUAAAUAUAUCCAAUGCUUACAUUUAUUUUCUUUUUUCCCAAAUCAGAAAUGAUUUUAAAUACAUUAAAUAAAUACACAAACAAUAUAAUAUUCCUGUAAACAUUUACAUAAUAAUUUCAGGCUCAGGUUCUAGUUUAAACUGUUAGAACAAUAUCCUUUUAGGACUUAAUUGGUGAACAGGAUCUUGUCCACUAUGCUCUUGGGCUUUCAUGUAAUGUAAUCAAAUUAGUGCAGGACAUUUACUUGACUAGGUUUUUAUUUUUCGACGCUUUGAUAUAAUAUUUGGAUAGAUUGUACCGCUACUUGUACUAACCCCGGUCUCCUGCCCAGUGAGAUAAGAACCUUUGGAGGGAUGUAAGGGCCAAGACAGCUGAAAUAACUUAAGCCUCGGAUAAAGUACUGUAUUAAUCCCAAAGAGUAAUUAUCUGUGUGAAAAAGUCAGUUCUAUGAGGUUCAACUUGAACUGUCAAGAAGUUCCUUAAUGAGCAACAGCAGGUGACUGCACAUGUAAUAGCUGCCUUAUAAACAGAAAUGCUAUAAGUGUCUUCAUUUUAAAUUGUGUUAGUUAUGGACCAAGUUAAUGAAACUUAAAAAAGAGUGUAAUUAACAGACUUGUGAAUUUUGGGAGCACAUUUCAAAAGGAUUCAAGACUGUCAAUGAUGCAACACGAGUUUUUUGACUUUAUUGUUAGCAGCUUUCAGAUUCACAUGCCAUGACCUUUCCUGAUUCUGCCUUAGCUAGCAAGCUAAUUCUUCUCCACAGAAUGUUCCUGCCACCUAUGAACAAUUCUCUAAUUCUCUUUUUAUUCUGCAAAGCUGCUUUGCAACAGUGACCAUUGUUUAAAGUCCUAUGUAAAUAAAAUUUACUUGACAUUAAA